GCGCAGCCGCUGUGCUCUCCUCCCUUGGUGUCCUUAACCUUCGGCCGCUUACGACGCGGCCUGGGGACGGGCGUUAUCUCCUGUCUUCGGAAGCAUGUCCCUGGUGGCGGAAGCCUUCGUGACUCAGAUAGCAGCUGCUGAACCUUGGCCUCAGAAUGCUGUGCUCUAUCAGCCUUUGAAAGAGGAACAGAUUUUGCUUUCUGAUAAUGCUGCCUGUCUUGCUGUUCAGGCUUUUUUACAAAUGUGCAAUCUGCCAGUCCAGGUGGUUUGUAGGGCAAAUGCAGAAUAUAUGUCCCCAUCUGGAAAAGUGCCCUUUAUUCAUGUAGGAAAUCAAGUAGUUUCAGAACUUGGACCCAUUGUCCAGUUUGUAAAAGCCAAGGGCCAUUCACUUAGUGAUGGGUUGGAUGAAGUCCAAAAAGCUGAGAUGAAAGCCUACAUGGAAUUAGUCAAUAAUAUGCUUUUGACAGCGGAGCUGUAUCUUCAGUGGUGUGAUGAUGCUACAGUCCAGGAGAUCACUCAUCCAAGAUAUGGUUCUCCUUAUCCUUGGCCUCUGAAUCGUAUUUUGGCCUAUCAGAAGCAAUGCGAGGUCCAGCGUAAAAUGAAGGCUAUUGGCUGGGGCAAUAAGUCACUUGAUCAGGUACUUGAAGAGGUAGAUCAGUGUUGUGAAGCACUUUCUCAAAGACUUGGGACACAGCUAUAUUUCUUCAAUAAGAAGCCAACUGAAUUAGAUGCUUUGGUAUUUGGACAUCUGUUCACAAUCCUUACUACCCAGUUGAUCAGCGAUGAAUUGUCGGUAAAAGUGAAAGGCUACAGUAACCUCACUGCAUUUUGCAGAAGAAUAGAACAACACUACUUUGAAGUUAAGAUGGCCUAGUAUUCCUUCUCCAAACUGUCUUUGAUAAACAGAAUGCUUGUGAUGAUAGUAAUAAUAAAAUUAAUAUAUUGACCAUGCUUGUUUUAUUUUAAACAGAUAGUGGCACGGAUUUGAAAAUUGGGCUUAGUUCACAAUCUGAGUCAGCUGCGCCAAAACUGUUGUAGCCCAAGAGAACCUAUCUGUGACGAAUUCAAGAAACCUAUUGUAUUUAAAACAAAAUUGAGUUUUUCAUUGUACAUGUCUGUGUGCCAUUUUAAUAUUCUUUUGAAGUGACCUUGAAACAAUAUUGUGUCAAGAUGUAAAACAAUAAAGUUUAGAUGAUUCUA